CUUUUCGCUGCCGAGCGUUAAGAUAAAGGAGCAGCCCGCACCGAUAUUCCUGGCCGCUCACCGCAACAGGAAUCACGCGUACAGCAUCGGGAUCACACGGAGUGAUUCCCUCAAAUCUACAUGUUGUUGAGGUGAAAUGGCGCAGAAAGGAGUUCAGCUGGACCGGGAGACCAUCUCUUGUUCGAUCUGUCUGGAUCUACUGCAGGAUCCGGUGACUCUUCCCUGUGGACACAGCUACUGUAUGAACUGUAUUAAAAGCUACUGGGAUGGAGAGGAUGAGAAGAAAAUCCACAGCUGCCCUCAGUGUAUGCAGACCUUCACACCGAGGCCUGUCCUGAUGAAAAACACCAUGUUAGCAGUUUUAGUGGAGGAACUGAAGAAGACUGGACUCCAAGCUGCUCCUGCUGAUCACUGCUAUGCUGGACCUGAAGAUGUGGCCUGUGAUGCCUGCACUGGGAGAAAACUGAAAGCCCUCAAGUCCUGUCUGUUCUGUGUGGCCUCUUACUGUGAGACACACCUGCAGCCUCACUUUGAAUCACCUGCCUUUAAGAAACACAAGCUGGUGGACCCCUCCAAGAAGCUCCAGGAGAACAUCUGCUCUCGUCACGAUGAGGUGAUGAAGAUGUUCUGCCGUACUGAUCAGCAGUGUAUCUGUUAUCUCUGCUCUGUGGAUGAACAUAAAGGCCACGACACAGUCUCAGCUGCAGCAGAAAGGACUGAGAGGCAGAGAGAGCUCGAGGUGAGUCGACAAAACAUCCAGCAGAGAAUCCAGGACAGAGAGAAAGAUGUGAAGGAGCUUCAACCGCAGGUGGAGGCUAUCAAUCGCUCUGCUGAUAAAGCAGUGGAGGACAGUGAGAAGAUCUUCACUCAGCUGAUCCGUCUCAUGGAGAAAAGAAGCUCUGAUGUGGAGCAGCAGGUCAGAUCCCAGCAGGAAACUGAAGUGAGUCAAGUCAAAGAGCUUCAGGAGAAGCUGGAGCAGGAGAUCACUGAGCUGAAGAGGAAAGACGCUGAGAUGAAGAAACUCUCACACACAGAGGACCACACCCAGUUUCUAUACAACUACCCCUCACUGUCAGCACUCAGUGAAUCUACAUCCAGCAUCAAUAUCCGUCCUCUGAGGUACUUUGAGGAUGUGACAGCGGCUGCUUCAGAGCUCAGAGAUAAACUACAGGACGUUCUGAAGGAGAAAUGGACAAACGUCUCACUGCCAGUGACUGAAGUGGAUGUUUUACUGCCACAACCAGAGCCCAAGACCAGAGCUGAACUCUUAAAAUAUUCACGUAAAAUCACACUGGAUCCAAACACAGCAAGCGAAUGGAUUUUGAUAUCUCAGGGGGAAAGAAAAGCAACAACAAUGAGUCAACAACAGUCUUAUUCUAGUCACCCAGACAUAUUCACUAGAUAUUUUCAGGUCCUGAGUAGAGGGAGUCUGACUGGACGUUGUUACUGGGAGGUGGAGUGGAGAGGGGAUGGAGUUGAAGUAGCAGUCGCAUACCAUAAUAUCAUCAGAGCAGGGACAGGGGAUGAAUGUGUAUUUGGACAAAAUGACAAAUCUUGGGCAUUAACAUGUGACCCUAACGGUUAUUACUUUAUGUUCAACAAUAUGGAAACUCCUGUCUCAGGUCCUCAGUCCUCCAGAGUUGGAGUGUACCUGGAUCACAGUGCAGGUAUUCUAUCCUUCUACAGCGUCUCUGAAACCAUGACUCUCCUCCACCAAGUCCAGACCACAUUCACUCAGCCUCUCUAUGCUGGAGUUGGGUUUCCUGAAGGUGGAGCCACUGCUGAGUUCUGUAAACUGAAGUAGACAGAAGUCAUUUAAGGGACAGUGGGUUAUAUUCUGCCUUUUAAUUGUUAAAUCCUAUUUUGUCUUGAUGUUUGUUGCUGAGAGCUGAUUGUUGUGGCGUUUCUUCACUGCACAGAGAUCACCUGUCAAUUAAACAUUGUGGGCGGUACUUUGACAUCUUCUCAUUAGUUGUUGUGUAAAUGUUUGAGUCUCUUUAGGUGGCGCUGUUCAGCCAUAGAGGUUAUCACUGCUCAUGAUGGCUUUUGUUAAGCUGAACUGACAUUUCUCUGCUCUCUAAAUAUAUAGGAUUUAAAGCACCAGACCUUCCUUUAUUGUAGAUAGUUUGUUCUUAUCAUUUUGUACAUUUCUAAAAUAAUCUGUAAUUACAUUAUUUUAACAUUACAUUUUGCUAAAGGACAUUUGUAGUUGUUGUCCAAAUUGACGUACAAAUGAGGAAAUGUAAGGUGUUACACAAAUGUAAUCAACAUGAUCAUAAUCAAUAAGGAGAUACACAGCUGCUGUGCUCAAGAGGUUUGUCAUUUAUUUUAUACUUAAAUAUCUCAGUGGUCCCUGAAGGCAACAGUCUGUGUGUUCAUUUAGUCACAAAGCAGAACGUGAUAAUAAAAUGUUGUCUUAUAGAUCAGCUGUGAUUAUGAUAACAUGCUCUUCUACUGCUACUACCUUUACUACGACUACUGUAUGACUGCACAUCAUUUUUAUUACAGUAAUAAUGAUCAAUAUUAUGUAUCUGUUAGUUUGACCAAGUGGGCAGUAACAUUAAAGAAUAGUAGUUUCCCAGCA